AUGUCGGCCAUCGACUACUCCAGGUGGGAGCGGCUCCAAACCAGCAGCGACGAGGAGGCUUUCAGGAAUCCCAUGCCGCCGCAGUCUCCGCGACGGCCAGUCACGACCGGGCCGUUCGCGGUAGCCGACCCCUGGGUUGGAAGCAGUCCACAAGUACGACGCGAAGUGCUGAAGGAAGAGAAAGUCCUCCAAAAGUUCAUGCAGCGACACCCUUGUCCAUCCGAGAAGGCUCUUCGAGAUUGGCUUCGCAGCAUGAGCAGCGCGGAAGUGGAGAACCCAGGGCAGCCGACUUUUUCCUGGGUGAUGAAAGAUAUGGGAUGGCGCUCUGAGCACCUGGCGUGGUUUCACUACCCGUCCUUCCGCGAGCUCUGGGAAUCCGCAGCAAUGCCCGCGGCCGAGGCCUUCCCAGCGCAACGCAAUGCUGGCAGCACCCUGUACGAACGGGGCGGCAAGCAGUGCAUGCAGUUCAACUUCUACGCGUUGCAGCACGCCAUGUGCGGCGAGGACUUUCACAGCGAUGCUCCGCUCCCGGUCUACUCGUAUGCGAAGCGCUUGGAGCACGUCUGGGACGGCAUCGGAUCGUGGCGAGCAUAG